UUUUUAUUUUUUGGAAUAAAAACAUUGGGCAUGUUACUCCUUUAGUUGUUUCCCGUCGAGCUUUACAUAUCGUAGUUUCUUCUUCAAUUUUCAAAGCUUGCAUUGUUUCUGUAGUUUAUAUUUCUACUAUUUCUAGCAAUCAAUGUUUUUUAUGGCAUGAGCUUUCAAAAAUUUCUCAUUUGCAUUUCGCUUGGCUUAUUAUCGGAGAUUUUAAUGCUGUACUUUCCAAGCAUGAGUUCAAGGGUGGGAACCUUUCAUAUUAUGACAGGAAAGCCCAUUUUUUCAAAGAUUUUGUUGAUCUCAAUAAUCUCUUUGAUUUAAAUUAUUCAGGUCCUCCAUUUACUUGGUGUAACAAACAAAAUGGCCCCGCUUGUCGUUGGGCCAAAUUGGAUCGGUGUCUAGUAAACUUGGACUGAAUUAACGUUUUCAAGUUUUAUAAACUUAAACAUCUUUCUCGUGUUUUCUCCGAUCAUUCCCCUCUUCUUCUAUACAUUAGCAUGCAACCUCUUACUAAUCAAAAAGUCUUUCGUUUUAACAGUUUUUGGCUUGAUUACUUAGGGUGUCAUGAAGCGGAUCAAAAAGCCUGGAACUUCUCUCCUCAUGGGAACCCUAUGCAACCCUUUUCUCACUUUCUAUCUCAAUCUCUCUUCCAGAUCCGUGGUUGGAGUCGCUAUGGAGUCAAUAGCAUCGAAUUUGAAAUUCUUAAAGUGGAGUCCAACAUUCACUCUUUCCUGAAUAGUGAUUUAGACCCUAACUCUCAAUCUUCUCUUACUGAUCUUUAUUCUAAGCUCGAAGCACUUCAAAGACAGAGUAACUCUAGAUGGGCUCAGCGUGCUCAUAUGUUGUGGCUCAUGAAUGGAGAUAAGAAUUCUAAGUUCUUUCACUAUAUUACUCAAUCUCUAACUCACUUUAACUCAAUUACUUAGGUCGUGAACCAAGAUGCUGCCAUCAUCACCAACCAACCUGACAUCCUCCUUACCUUCAGUACUUUCUAUUCCAAGCUUUGGACAACUUCCCCCGAGUAUGUCCCUAAUAUCCUGGAGCUUUUCUCGAUAACACCCCCAUGUUUUCUGAUGCCGACAGUUCGUUUCUUAUCCACGAGGUUACUAAAGAAGAGGUAUAUCUUACUAUUCUCAAUCUUCCCACUGGGUGUUUCUCUGGUCCUGCAAACAAUGUCUUCAAUGGAGAUCUGAUCGCUCUAGACGUUGCGUUACACUUUACCUGGGAGAGGAACACUCUGAUCAAGCAUGUCUUCAUCAAUAGUUGCACCACCAUUAGCGCUCUGAACAAUGCUCAUUCACCCAUAUCUUUGAGAUUUGAUGAUGUUAUCUCCAACACCAAGUUUUUAAUGAAUAUGAAUGGCAAUCCUUCACUUCACAUCACACCUCCGAAUUGGUUGGGCCCAACGAUUAGCCUUACUACUAUCAGCCUUAAUCAUCAUGCAUUGAAUCUAUUUCUUUCAAAACAAGAACUUCCUUAUUGGAUCAUGAAAAAUUUUACUAUUGUUGGUUUCCAUUUCUAUUAAUGCUUUUGUUCCCCAAGUUUCUUUCCAUUUUUUCUUUCAGGUUUCCUUGUACCUUUCAGUAGUCCCCUUUAGCUUUGUAUUCUUCUUCAUUCAAUAAAUUAGCCUUUGCUGAGUUUUUUUUUAAAAAAAAAAACAUUGAAAAUAAAAA